CUAGUCGGUGAUUCAUGUCCAUGUGAACUUCGGAAAAUAAAGUUGAGCAAUUAACAAAUUAACAAUGGAAAUGAAAGGACCCCCACCGCCUGCGUAUGACGAUGGACCCCCUGGACCACCUGGACCCCCCGGGGGUGUUCCCCCCCAGCCGGGCUACUACGGCUUCCCCACCAUCAUCGUGGAAACCCCUAUGGGCGCUCACCCCACACCAUACACCUGCAGAUCCUGCAACCAGCAGAUUGUCACCAGAAUCGAGAGAAAGAACGUGAUGAAGACGCAUCUCUUCGCGCUCCUGCUUUGCGUUUUCGGUUGCUGGCCGUGCGUAUGCAUCCCGUAUUGUGUGGACUCGUGCAAGAGCGCCGACCACUACUGCCCCAACUGCAACGGUUACAUCGGCCGCUAUCAAGACUAAGCUAUACAAGCUAGGCUAGGAUUAAGGGGCUGGCAUGCCAUGUAUGGCAAAAGCCCUUUAUUCAAAUAAAGAUUAAAAAAAAGCUA